GCGGGACAAGUAAUCGUGAGUGGCGAGUGUGUGGGGGAGCGAAUAGAGAUAGGUACUAAGCUGGGGAGGUGACAAAUCGGACCUCUUCGCCGAGUUUUACCGGGUUUACCGUACUGAAAGUGUUAAACGUGUUACGCUGCGAGUAAAAGCUUUUUAGAAAUGUCCUAUGAAACCAAAUUUAUAUUUGCUACAUUGCCAAGAACACAACGAGGACAACCUCUAGUAUUAGGUGCUGAUCCGAAAGGAAAGAAUUUCUUGUAUACUAAUGGAAACAGUGUCAUCAUUAGAAACAUUGAUAAUCCAGCAAUUGCUGACAUCUAUACAGAGCAUUCUUGUCCAGUGAAUGUCGCAAAGUAUUCCCCAAGCGGUUUUUACAUAGCAUCAGGAGAUCAGUCGGGUAAAGUUCGUAUUUGGGACACUGUAAACAAAGAGCAUAUUUUGAAAAAUGAAUUUCAUCCAAUCGGAGGACCCAUCAAAGACAUCGCCUGGUCUCCUGACAAUCAGCGAAUGGUUGUUGUUGGCGAGGGAAGAGAAAGAUUCGGCCAUGUCUUCAUGGCGGAAACUGGAACAUCCGUGGGUGAAAUAUCUGGCCAAAGUAAACCCAUAAAUUCCUGCGACUUCAGACCAGCAAGACCGUUCAGAUUGAUCACCGGAAGUGAGGACAAUACCAUUGCAGUAUUCGAAGGGCCUCCAUUCAAGUUUAAGAUGACGAAGCAGGACCAUGCCCGUUUCGUACAAGCUGUACGCUACUCUCCUUCUGGAAAUUUAUUCGCUUCUGCAGGGUUUGAUGGAAAAGUCUUUAUGUAUGAUGGCACUUCCUCAGACCUUGUUGGAGAAGUUGGAUCCCCUGCUCAUCAGGGUGGAGUAUAUGGAGUGGCCUGGAAGCCUGAUGGUACGCAACUCCUAACUGCUUCCGGUGAUAAGACAUGUAAACUGUGGGACGUGGAAACGCGCACAGUCAUUAGUGAAUUCAACAUGGGAUCAACUGUUGACGAUCAACAAGUUAGCUGCUUAUGGCAAGGCAAUCACUUAUUGACCGUGUCUCUAAGUGGAUUCAUUAAUUAUCUCGAUGUCAAUAACCCUGAGAAACCUCUCAGAAUAAUAAAGGGUCACAAUAAACCAAUUACAGUGUUAGCCUUGAGCCCCGAUAGGGGUACAAUUUACACAGGAUCUCAUGAUGGUCAUGUAACCAAUUGGAAUGCAGAGACUGGCGAGAAUGAUCGUGUCCAAGGUCAAGGCCAUGGAAAUCAAAUAAAUGGUAUGAAAGCAACUGAUAACGUCGUAUACACUGCCGGUAUCGAUGACACCCUCAGAGUCAUUGACAUAGCUACAAAUUCCUACCAGGGAGCUUCUGCUAUAAAAUUAGACUCUCAGCCAAGGGGUCUGGACAUCUAUGGCGACAUAGUAGUCACUGCCUGCGUCAGACAGCUCACUGUCACGCAAGAUGGUAGGAAAGUGUCAAGCGUACCAAUCGAUUAUGAACCCUCAUGCGUGAGCAUAAAUCAAGAAAAUGGUGACGUCGCCGUUGGCGGGUCCACUGACAAUAAAGUUCACAUUUAUGAACUGUCAAGUACAACACUGACACCUAAAACCGAACUGGAACACCUAGGACCAGUCACCGACGCGGCUUACAGUCCUGACAAUAAGUAUUUAGUAGCUUGCGACGCCAAUAGAAAAGUUAUCCUCUACGUGGUUCCAGAAUACAAGAGGCUCGCGCACAACAAAGAAUGGGGCUUCCAUAAUGCACGUGUAAAUUCUGUGGCCUGGUCACCUGACUCCGAUAUGGUUGCCAGUGGCAGUCUGGACACCACCAUAAUAAUUUGGAGUGUGACAAAUCCGGCUAAGCACACCAUCAUUAAAAAUGCCCAUCCGCAGAGUCAAAUAACUCGACUGGUCUGGCACAACGACGAGACUCUCAUCUCUGUCGGACAGGAUUGCAAUACAAAGAUAUGGCGCGUAGAAAAGAUUUAAUUGAACUGCCGAACCGUACUAUCAUCCAUUUUUCGAUACAGCUUAACUAACUUUAGAUGCAUUAUAUUUAUUUAAUUUGUAGCUUACAAAUAUUGUAUAUUAUUUUUGAAUACGAUUCUUGAUAUACAAUAAAAGAAAGAUUGUAUGAA